UUUUCCUCAAAGCAGGCAGUCGAGCGCGGUCCGUCGGCGCGCCACCCGCCAUCUUGAACGACAUUAAAAUCUAGUCAAAACAUUUACUUUUAACUGACAUGAGGUACUCAUUUAUCUUGGUGCUGCUGUGCCUGUCUUGGACGAGAUGUCAGGACGUUACGGAUGAAGAGAGGAAGAGGCUAGAGGCCCUCUUCGGGACCCAGGACAGAGAUGCCGACGUUGACCUUACACCGGGCAAAGUGCCUUCCACACCAUCCAGAGGGCCAGAAAUCAGUCCAGCCGAGAGGGAGCGUCUGGAAGCCUUAUAUGGCAAGCCGGACACCACCAAUGACAACAGCACGGAUUGCGAGACGAAGGAUGGCAAGGAGGGCGUCUGCGUGCUGCACUACCAGUGCAACCCGGAGGUCGGCACCGUCAACACGGAUGGAAACUCUAUCAUUGACAUACGACAACGGGAGUGCCCCCACUACCUGGAGGUGUGCUGUCUCCUGAACCAGAAGCAGGAAAAGCCCCCUCCCCCAGUGGUGGAGCAGACCGAGUGUGGCUGGGCCAACCCUGGGGCGCAGGCCUUCCGCAUCGUCAACGACGGGACCUCGGCAGAGUUCGGGGAGUACCCGUGGAUGGUCGCUAUACUCAAGCGAUCUGACGGCAACACGGCGUGGUCCCAGAGCGACUACAUGGGCGGCGGCUCGAUCAUCCAUCCGCAGGUUGUGCUCACGGGGGCGCACAAAGUUGACGGGAAGGAGGCCAAUGAGAUAAAAUGCCGUGCUGGCGAAUGGGACACGCAGACGAACAAGGAGAUCUACCCGCACCAGGAGCGUAAUGUUAAGAAGGUCGUCAAGCACGCUGACUACUACCGACCGUCAGUAUACAACAGCGUGGCCCUCCUAAUCCUGGAGUCACCGUACGCGCUGGGCAACGCCCCGCACAUCGGCGUGGCGUGCCUCGCCCCGCACGCGCCCCCCGCUGGCGCCCGCUGCCAGAGCAUGGGAUGGGGCAAGGAAUUUAAUGACAAGGACAAAUAUGCUGUCGUGCUUAAGAAGGUGGAGCUCCCCUGGGUCCCUCGCGACAAAUGCCAGAAGGAGCUGAGAAAGACUCGCCUCGGCUCGCACUUCGUGCUGCACCCCUCGCUGACGUGUGCGGGGGGUGAGGCGGGCAGGGACACCUGCGCGGGCGACGGGGGGUCCUCCCUCGUGUGUCCUAUAGGGAACGUCGAUCCGAAGCAAGACUCCCUCCGUUUCGCGAUCUACGGCAUGGUGGCGUGGGGCAUCGGCUGCGGCGACGCCGUGCCCGGGGUCUACGUCAACGUGCCGCAGUUCUACGACUGGAUUGGAGAGAAAAUGGCCGCCGAAGGCUUAUCUACCGACUCUUACACCUUCAAGUUAUAGACUACAUCGGCUGCGGGAACUUGCUCGG